AUGACGACUUCAACUAAAGGUGAUGUUCCUAUUGCUGGACUAUCAUAUUCAUGCCUACAAAUACACUAUUAUUUCGAUUCAUUACCAUUUUCCAAAAUAUGCAAAAACUUUAUUACUGAUAUCUUUAUUGGUGAUUCUGGUUCAACACGUUCUCUAUUAAUUUCAAUAGGAAAAAAUGUUCUGAAAGCUGAAUUACAUAUUUGUUCAGCCACUAAAUUUGAUGGCGUUCUUCUUUGGGAUACACCAGCUAAAUUAUGUACAAAUGUUGAAACACCAGCAUUGGAAGCUGGUACAAGUCCAUUCGCUAUAUUCAAACAUGAAUCAACGAAAGAAGCAUUUAAUAAAUCCGAUGUUGCUGUUUUUGUUAUAGAUGGAGCAAUGGAUAAUAGUAGUGUCACACAUGUAAAAUGA